AUGUUGCUAAUAUAUUUGCUUGGGUUGGUUUGUGGUGUGCACAGCGCGUUAUUUUAUGACUCGUAUAGAGGAACAGAGAUUACGAGGGAAGAUGUGAAAAGGCACGAUAAAGCGAAUACAACAUUUUGGUGCGUGAAUGAGAUCGAACCAUGCAACCCUUCAGAAGGACGGCGGGUCGACGGUUCCUGCAAUAACCUAAGGCAUCCUACAAGAGGCGCUACGCAUACACCCUUUGUAAGGCUUCUUCCAGCUACUUUUGACAAAAACUUCGAACCAAGAAAAUCAUCUUCUGGCAAUGACCUGCCUCUUGCUCGAUACCUCAGGACUCGCCUCAUAUCAGUGGGCAAAGUUCCAAGCACAAUCUUCACGAUGCUGGCUGUGCACUACUUUGUAUUCAUGUCUGCUGACGUCGUCUCCUUGCAUGACACUGUAAACUAUAUUCAAUGGAAGCCGUACUGCUGCACUGAGAAAGGCAAGACAGAUUACAUGUGCGUUCCUAACAAGAUACCUGAAGAUGAUCCUGUCCAUAGGUUCUCCGGUAUCCGUUGCUUAAACAUGACUAGACCCGAGUCAUUCCAGAGUAUUGGAUGUGUAAGGAAUGACACAAUACCUGAGAGGAUAAUCUCAUCAACUCCUCUACUAGAUUUGUCUGUCAUAUAUGGCAACCUACUACCUCCUUUGCUACAAAAAGGUCGCUUAUUCACAGGAGGUCUGGUAAAAACUGAGAUUGAGGAAGGAAGGAUAUGGCCUCCAAGUUAUAAGACUCAAGCGAAUGUUUGCUACCUAAACCAGAGACCUAAAGAAACCAGAUGUCAUGAAAUGCCUGAGGAUGGUUCGAACACGCUAGCAGGAAUUAAUUUGGUAGCAAUAUGGUUCUGGAGGUAUCAUAACUUUAUUGCCACCGAACUAGCCAAGGUCAACCCCUGCUGGGAUGAUGAUAAACUGUUUGAGACAGCAAGAGACAUAAACAUUGCAGUAUCGCUACAAAUUUAUUACUAUGAGUUAUUGCCGGUGUUCUUUGGUUUUGACAAUAUGGCUGAAGAUGGCGUGAUCGAUCGCAGCGGUGGAUUCAGGGACCUGUACGAUGAGAACAUACCGCCACAAUUGUCCUUGGAAUAUCCGUUUGCAUUAAGAUGGGUGCAUAAUAUCCAAGAUGGUACUUUAAAGCUCCACGACAAAGAGGGCUACUACCUAAGACAAUUCCCUAUCAUGAAUCUUACCUUGAGGACUGGUUUCUUGGCUGUUGAUAACAAUAUAGACUAUUUGACACAGGGCAGUUUCAGACAAGGCAGCUCUAAAAUCGACUACGUAGCGGAUCCUGAUGUGACGGAACAAGGUCUAGGCCCUCAUCAAAGAGUGUCAGAUUUGGUAACAAAUGAUUUGUCCAAAAACCGUUACUUUGGAUUCCAACCUUACGUCAAUUACAGACAGUUUUGUUUCAAUAGACGGAUUAAGAGCUUCGACGAUCUUCACGGCAUUAUUGAUGAAGAGAGAAUAGAGGUGUUAAGAGAAAUGUACGAAAGAGUUGAAGACAUAGACCUACUGGCCGGUAUUUGGACGGAGAAACCAAUUCGUGGGGGUUUCGUACCUCCUACAUUCUAUUGUCUGGUUAUAGAUCAAUUAAAACGUAAUAUUUACUCCGACAGGCACUGGUAUGAAAGGCCUGACCGACCGAAUGCGUUUACUUUCCCUCAGUUGGCUCAAAUAAGAAAGAUAACGAUCGCAAGAAUGCUGUGUGAUGUUGGAGACACCGUGAAAAGAAUUCAACCGCACGCUUUCCUGAAAGCUGGAUUUAAGAACCCGAUGUGUGAUUGCAAACACAUCAUCGGCAUGGACUUCUCCGCUUGGAGAGAUGAUUCUUGCGGCGCCGGCGGGGGUUUCUUCGAUCAUUUCUUUCAACCAGUAUUAGUGCUCCACGACAAAGAGGGCUACUACCUAAGACAAUUCCCUAUCAUGAAUCUUACCUUGAGGACUGGUUUCUUAGCUGUUGAUAACAAUAUAGACUAUUUGACACAGGGCAGUUUCAGACAAGGCAGCUCUAAAAUCGACUACGUAGCGGAUCCUGAUAGAAUAGAGGUGUUAAGAGAAAUGUACGAAAGAGUUGAAGACAUAGACCUACUGGCCGGUAUUUGGACGGAGAAACCAAUGCGUGGCGGUUUUGUACCUCCUACAUUCUAUUGUCUGGUUAUAGAUCAAUUAAAACGUAAUAUUUACUCCGACAGGCACUGGUAUGAAAGGCCUGACCGACCGAAUGCGUUUACUUUCCCUCAGUUGGCUCAAAUAAGAAAGAUAACGAUCGCAAGAAUGCUGUGUGAUGUUGGAGACACCGUGAAAAGAAUUCAACCGCACGCUUUCCUGAAAGCUGGAUUUAAGAACCCGAUGUGUGAUUGCAAACACAUCAUCGGCAUGGACUUCUCCGCUUGGAGAGAUGAUUCUUGCGGCGCCGGCGGGGGUUUCUUCGAUCAUUUCUUUCAACCAGUAUUAGUGUAA